AUGGCGGCCGCGCGCUGGUGGCGGCUGUGCGGGCGCUGGCGGCCUGCGGUCAUCGGGCCCGCCCUGGGGCCCACGCGGCGCCGCCUCUGGGCCCCCGCCGCCGCCGUCCCGGCCCCGCUGGGCUCCGCGCCGCCGCCCCGCGCCGCCUUCAGCGCCGGCCCGCGCUGGCACCAGCGCGGCCCUGGCGGUCUGUCGGGGGGAGACGCACUGGAAGGCGGCGGCGAGGACGGCGGCGGUGGUGGUGGUGGCGGUGGCGGGGCGGACAGCGGCGGGGCCGGGCCGGUCAUAACGGCGUUGACGCCACUGCUCGUCCCGGAGCAUUUCCCCAACGUCCCGCUCAUCGCCGUGACGCGCAACCCCGUAUUCCCGCGCUUCAUCAAGAUCAUCGAGGUGAGCUGCCGCCGAGCCCUCGGUGCUAUGGGCUGGCUCGCAGAGGGGCCGGAGGCGGCUCAGCCCAGCCUUGCGGCCUCGGGCGGGGGUCCGGGCGUGGUGUUACUCCAGGCCGUGCGGGGGUCACCGACCGAGCCCGCCGCUGGCGGCGCCGCAUCUCCGGGCCGCUCUCUUUGCCUUGGCAGGUUCCUUGACCUGCAGAGCAAGGCAGCCUCGUGCGUGACCUCCUCGGGCAGCCGCUGCUCGGCCUUUGGCUCGUGCUCUGUAGCCGAGUCCUGUCGGGAUAACGGUCUCUUUUGGGCCAGUUGA